GUAUAGUCCUUGCUGCUGGCACAGUGGCAGCCCUGCCAGACUAACUGAGCUGUACACUUUUGUGGAGCUCUAAAGGGAGACGUUAGCGGGUACUGCUAGUGUUUACUUUCACAGGACAAGAUGAGGUGAGGGUAUGCGUGUGGCCUCCUCUUGUAUUUAUGCCAUACAUACUUGGCGAAUUAAGUUAUCAAAAGUCGGGACCGAAGUUAACAAUUGGGGAUAAGCAUAUUGACAGUGCUUGUAGUUAUGGUACUAAAAAAUCAGAAACAAGCUUCAGAGGAAGUUGUGAAGUACACCGGCGAUGAACUGAAUGAUAUGAAACAUGGGCAUGGACUCCAGGAAUGGCCUGAUGGAACUAGAUAUGAGGGCCAGUUUAAAAAUGACCUGAAACAUGGCACUGGAACAUUUAUUUGGGCCAAUGGGGAGGUUUACAUUGGUGAGUUUUACAAGGAUCACCGUCAUGGCAAAGGAACUUAUAAGUGGCCAGAUGGUUCUGUUUUUACAGGAUCUUUUUACCUGAGUCAGAAAGAGGGUUAUGGUGCCCUGGAAAAUGAGGAUGGAACAAAGUAUGAGGGGCUAUACAAGGCUGAUGAGCGGUUUGGUCCUGGAGUCUUCACCUAUACUAACAGCUGUCAAGAUGUAGGGCUGUGGCACCGUAAUUAUCUAAUCCAGCUGUGUACAAAACUCCCAGAAUCCUUUUCACUUCAGAACUACCCAGAGUAUGAGCACUGCUUGAAUGACCAUGCAAAAAAGAUCAACGUGAAAGUUAAAGCAAAUGGUUUCUGGAACUUUGACAAGACACAUGACCCUUUUUUCUACAGAUACAAAGAACUUCUAAAGGAAGAUUAUUUCACUUUACCUGAAAAUAUUGAAACAUACUCUAAUGACACUGAACAUCUCCCACUCACUUUAUCAUUCAAAGAGGAGUGUGACCAGCAAUUUUUUCAGAGUACCGAUUCAUCUAAUGAGGGAGACGAGGAAUUCCUUGUGAGCAAGAACAACACUCCACUACUCGUAGAUAUGCAGCUACAGGUGUACAAACACAGAAAUAGUCAAGCUGAACUCUCCUGGGAAGUUGACUCAGUCCUGAAAUUAAAACGAGAAGCCUUUCUGGCCAAAGGGCUCCGUGAGCAAAUUUCUGAGCAGCUGAUUGAAGAAGCUGCACAAGGGAACUAUAAGAUCAUCAAUGAAAUCCUACGAAAUGGCCUCAUUCAUGUGGAUGUUGCCGAUUCAUCUGGUUAUGGUGCACUCCAUGCAGCGGCUGUUAAUUGCCACAAUGACAUCAUCAACCUUCUCCUUGACAAUGGUGCAGAUGUUAACAGAUUAACAGAUGAAGGUGUUUCGGCUCUGACUGCAUGCCUUGUCCUUUAUUAUUCACCAGAAUCAUUUCACCAUAACAUUGCUGAAAGAAGCAUAGCCAUUUCUCAGGUAAAAGUACAGAAGCAUUCUACCCAAGGUAAAGAAACAGUGCUAACUCUAGCAUCCUCUCAGAAUGAAUCAGUUCUGACAAAUUUACCAGAGCAGAAUCAAGUUAAAAGCUCUGCUGAAGUAGGCACUGAUGUGGAGUCAUACAAUAAACUGAAAUCAUCAUCUAGGCAGAUUUUGACAAAUGCUGCAUCUCAAGGUGGUAAUUCUUCUCUGAAGGAAAAUGAAAAGACGUGUUCACUUACAGAGCAGAUAGAGUCAGAUUCUGGCCUAAGAACAAAGAUAGAAAAUGAAGAACAUGAUAGUGCUGCAACCUUGUCUAGUGGUACAGGACAGCUCGACUCAAACCAAAGUGUGAGAAACAUUGGCAUUACUAUGUCCCAAAGUAUUAUGCAGCAGAGUGCAAAGUUUUUUAGUCACCUUAUUCAAAUACCCACCAGGUCCUCAGCUGUGAGGAGACAGCUAAUGGAAGACCAGGGAACUGUUCGGAAAAUGGCAUUCCAAAGUUCAGAGCAUAGAAGACUGAGAUCUACAAUCAAGUUGCUGCUUUCUCGAGGAGCAGAUCCAAAUAGCUCAUCUGUUCCAAUGCAUGCUCUAUUUUUUGCAAUUAAAGCUGCUGACACUGAUGCAGUAAGGAUGUUACUUCAGAAGGGAGCUCGGACAGAUAUACAACUUUCUUCAAGGUUGGGAGGACUAACACCUCUUCACAUUGCUGUAGCCCUGCCUGGAGAGGAAGGAGUUAAGAUCACAGAAUUGUUACUGCAUGCCUGUGCUGACCCUGAUGUCAGAGCUGAAGAUGUAGAUGAUACUUAUGCACCUGAUCGUGGUCAUAAUUCACUUUCAGCUGCGGGAUUCAGCUUUACAAGUGCAAACAUCUCAUUUCCACCCUCAUUCUAUGAUGAUCCUCCAAAAAAUGUGCCAGAAGAAGGUGGAAGAACCCCCCUUCAUAUUGCUUGUGAGAGAGACAAUGAUUAUAUGAAUGCAAGAGACAUAAUUCGCCUUUUGUUAGCACAUAACGCAAAUCCCAAUGUACUCUGGAGUGGACACUCACCUCUGUCAUUAGCAAUAGCCAGUGGAAAUGACCUGGCCAUAGAUGAACUUCUGAAGAGCAAAGCUGACCCAAAUCUGCAACUAACCAAGGGAGUGGGAAGUUCAUUGUGUUGUGCUGUUAACACUGCUUAUGAACUCAGAAGAACCUUGCAAGCCCGGAUUGCACUGGUUGAUAAGCUGAUCAAAGCUGGUGGGAAUAUCUUGAUGCCAAUCACACUAGGGCAUGGAAAGAGAAGUGUGUUGGGAACAGCAGUUGACUAUGGCUACUAUAAAUUCUUUCAGGAUCAAAGAAUAGCCCACACACCAUAUCAUGCCCUGUCACUAGGUGAAAGAGACAUUUAUAAUGCACGGAAACAGUUACUUGAUCGUAUGGGAACACUCCUUCGAGAGGCAGUAGUUCUAAAAGAAAAACAACGUUUGCUUGAUGAAGUGCAACAUGGAAUCAGAAGUAAAAGUCCUAGUGAACGAUUCCUUUAUACUGGCGCUGGAGCUGUGCCCUCAGUAGAUGACAUAGUGGAAGCAAAGAAGUCAAAAGGGAAAACCCGAUCCAGAUCUAAAUCUCCUAAAACAGAACCUGGUGUACUGUACAGGAAACCAUUGUUUAAGUACUGUUACCAAUGUGGGCGUUCAGUAGGUGUGAAGCUUGCUGUUUGUACCCGUUGCCAGGAGGUUUUCUACUGUAACAAGUACUGUAAGGUGAAAGCAUGGAAUGAAUGGCACAAAGAUGAGUGCAUUAGACUGAUAGGAAAAGAUAAUUAUGGAGCAAAAGGAAGAAGAACUGCUAGCCCAGAUGAAAAGAAGAAUGCAGACAAGGACAAGGAAAAGAAAGACCAUAUUGUUGAAAACUACAGCUUCAAUUAAAUUGGGCUAUGCACAGUGUGACAGUGCUGCAAAACAUUUCAGAGUUGUGCCAUACUGACCAAAGCUCAUCACAUCUUAAAGCAAAAAAACCUGUGUGCACGUGUGUUAUUCAGAAAUAAUUCUACUGAGUCUGUUGAUUUCUUCAUUCAAACAUUACAUGAUUUUGUUUUGCUUUUUCUGUACCUUUUGAUUUUUUUAUGAAGAUGAACAACUUCAACUUAGUAUAGUAUUAAAUGAGGAACACUAUUUCUACAAUAUUAAAGCACUGACAUAAUUCACCACAUCUUCAAAAAGCAGGUGCCAAAAAUUAAGCCAUGCCCUUGAGAUUAAUUCACGUAGUUGUUAAAAUACAUAUGAUACUUUAUUGCUGGUUAUUAUAAUCAGGUUCAUCUUUUCAAUCAGUUUUCUAGUGACACUACAUUUAUGUUAGUUUUAAAUAGUUAUGUAAUCUAAUAAAUGUUUGCAGUCACACUAUAACAAUAAAAUGAGGAACAAGCUUAUAAAUUUAGUUUUGAGCUUCAUAAUUCACAGUGAUGCAAAUAUAUUUACCCAGCAGUUGUCAGCUGGUCUGUUUCAGAAGUAACAGCUAAUUGAAGGUGAAUCUUUUAGACAUUUUUGAAUACUAAAGAUACAAAAAAGAUUCAUUUGUCAACAGAGAUAGGUAUUUCUACCAGGCAUUUGCAAGCCAUUCCAAAGGUGUUUAUAUGCAUCAACAGUAUUGCAUGGCUGCUUAAAAGCCUACAGUUUGAAUGAAUGACAUUGAGGCACAAAGGAUAAUAUCUGGCUGUGAAAUCCUAGAAGGUCUCCUCUAACACCUGUGAUAUGAGAUUUGCAAACCUUUUUCUGCAGAGAUAGAACUGUGGUAAUUUUUAAAUAGAGAUAGCCUUUAUUUCUAAGGAACCCCCGACAAUAUAAAUUUAGAUUCAUUAACAGUAGAAAAACAAAACUUACUUGUUCUGCAACAACAUAGGUUUAUUUAGCAGUAUGGUCCUCACUGAGAGAGAGUCUAGGGAGUUGAAUCAGCAGCUGCUGCAUCCCUUUGGGAAAUUCCACAGUUAGGCCAUGACUGAGAUGUUGGGGCUGAGUGCUGAAAUAAGUACUCUCACACUAAACCUGAGCCGGCACUUGUCCAUGGUGGUGAACAAAGGGUUGGGCCAGCCACUUGCUGUGAUGGGACUGUGGACUAGUGCUUCAUUAGUCUGUUAUUUGUGGACAGCUGAUCUACAGGCUCUUGUUGAGUGGCAGUAUGUUGCUCAUCCAUCACUCCCUGUUUUCUUCCAAGUUGCACAUUUUCUAUAAACAAGGAGGAGGUUAAGUAGCAAUGUAAAGGUGUGUGAGGCACCACUUUCCCAUAUCAGAGGGUGAGUGGGAUGUGGGUGGAGCUCUCAUACAAAAUAUGUAUAUUGUUUUUCCUUGUUUGGGAUAUUCUUGUCAGUAAUUAUAUGCCAGUCCAGCUGUUCAUCGGUAAAACCAAAUGUAACCCAUUGGCCUACUUGUCUUAGCUUUCCUUAUGAAUUGACUGUGCUCACAUCACAGUACUGCAGCACCCUUUCAGCAUCCUCAGACUGCAUUGAAUUUUGCACAGUAAAUAUAGCUCACCUAUGUGUUUUUUCCUGUUUACUAUUACAAGGUCAAAUCUUGGAAACUUAACUAGCGCAAUGUCUGGAACAGACUGCCAAAACACAGAAUGCUGUAAAUACACAAUAGCAACCAAUACCUUGAAUAUGAAAACACCAUACCAUUCUGGACCCAGGAACAAGUGCCAACAUAGGUAUGGAAGGGCGACCAAUGUCAAACACUCAGUAUUGCUGGUCUUUGGCAUUCUGAACAUUAGUGUUAUAAGUUCAAACUUGUUCUAUUCAAAUUUCUAAAUCUUGAUCUUGUAACUGUAAAAUAUUUUCCCACCUGUCCUACUACACCAGGCAGUUAACAUUAUGCUACCUUGUGCUACAGUUUAACACACACAGGCUAUACUUCAGCUAAGUACUGCAAUAUAGUUUUAUUGUCAUAGCUACUGUGACAAGAGGCUUGUUACCGAAAGAUAUAAUUAACCAGCAAUAUGAAAUAGUGGUGAUAGUCCGUACUGUGCUGGGCAGUACAUUAAAAGUUCUGGAAAUCCCCAGACACAGACUUACACAUCCAUUCUGUAAAACAGUUUAACUGAUACUGACAUUCUGUAGUGAAGUGGCAUUUUUUAUUACAAAACUCCAAGCACUCCUCCAGUUCCCAGCUAUUUCAUACUCAAGUGGUGCCAUUUUCACUUUCAAACAUCUUACCUGACAUCCAUUAAUAUUAACUAAGGUUCAUUUGAUAUGCAAGUAGUAGUUUCUUCCGAGGCCAAGAAUUAUAGUCUUCUAGUAUGUUUAGAAGUGACGCUGAAAGGUUAUUUGGAAAAGGUCUUUGAUGAACUGACAUCAUAUUCAGAACUUGUUCCUGCUUUCCACACAAUAAUUACCAGAACAGAGUUCAGCUCCCUGUACUUUUGAAGGGGAUUAAGUUGGUAUUGAAAAUGGAUGAGUGUAUGCAUGCAUGCAUACAAACAUGUAUGAUGGAUGAAUGGCUUAAUGGAUGGAUGAAUACAUGCAUGAUAGAUGACUGAAUUUAUGGCUGGUUGCAUACAUGCAUGCGGGAUGGAUGGAUGGAUGGAUGGAUAGAUAAAUGGAUGGGUAAUACUAUACUCUUUACCAUGACAGUCAGAAAUGUAAACAAUGAUAAAUAAUAAACUAAACAAUAUAUGCACAAUAUUUUUAACCUGCCAUAACUUGUGUUAGUCACAUUGCAGACUGCUGAAAUAUUUUUACUGAAUAACUGCUCCAUGAUUACAGUCUUGAAGUGUGCACUCUUUUCAUUCUAAUUUCCUUUGUUUUAAAUAUGUCAUAAAUUAUAUGAAGAAGUGCAGUGCAUGUCCUUUUAUGUACAUUAAUUAUGCCUUAAGUGUUUGAAAGAAUUCUGGAGAUGCAGACCAUGUGAUUUAUAAAAUAAAGGUGGCAAAGCAUGAA